CGUCGCGACUUGCUGCUCCUCCCUCGAUCGCCGCCCAAGAGAGCGGAGCCGGAGCCAUGAAGGAUCGGACGCAGGAGCUGCGCACGGUGAGCCCCGUCGGGGAAGGGGCCGCGGGAGGGAGACGGGGUGGAGCCCCAGCACAAGGCUAACAGGGAGGGGUCCCCUCCAACCGUGGCCCCUCCAGCCUUGCCCCCUCCAUUUGAAGCUGAGCGAACCUCCCCGUCGAAAACGGAGCCAGCGUAGAACCGGAGGGGGACGACAGCGAUCCCUCUUCAUAGGGCGGUGCCGUCCAUGGAUGCGUGCGGCGGGGGUCGUGGAACAUGUUGCCCCCCUCUCAACUCUCCAGGGAACGGACGACAAGGCUGUGCCCGCUCCUCGCGCCUCCAUAUCGCCUCGUUGAUUCGUGGGUGUGGGGUGGAGAGAUAGGGGGCUGGUUGGAGGGGUCGCCCCAGUUCUGAUCUGCAGGAACAAGGGCGGCAUCUCGGGUGCGGAUCUGGUCUUCGACCCUCUGCCCCACGCCCGCCAUCUCUUUUGAAUUCUCUUGGGGGUGGAUGUGGGGGGUUGACGAAGAUUAGACCCCAUCCUAGGGGACGUAGCAGCGCGCAUCUCUGGGACGUGCGGCGUCAGAGGGGAGAGGGGGCUCCUGAGCAUCGGCAGAGUGCCUGCUCUAUCACCCUGAGGGCGUGGGGUGAGCCAGGCUCUGGUGACGCUGUUGGCCACCACAGCCCCAAAGGGAAAGGUUGCUAAUGGGAAGUCCCAUCGAUGGGGCCAGCUGGGGUGACUUUUCUUCCGGGGAGGGGGGCUUUUACUCACAAAUAGAGGCUCUUUCUGUCUUCACGGGGAGGGGGGGCUUUGCUCCCGGGGAAGGGUGCUCAGGAGUGCAGCCUUAACAUGGCUGUUCUUUACUAAGGGGGCUUCUUAAAUUCUGCCAGCUUAUUUCAAGCACCUAAUUGUAUAAUUGUUUAACUGAUUUUGGUUGAAAGCUGUAACUUUUUUUAAUGACAAGAAGGGAGCCGUGGUAUGUUGUUUUCCCAAGCGGAAUUUUCUUUCUGUGUUUUUUUGCCUCUGGCAACCACAGGCAUUUCAGGUGGCUGCUCCCUUGGUCUUCCGACUUCCUAAAAAGGAACCUGCUUGAGCCAAUGCAUAGCUGCCACCCUCUCCAAAACUUAGUUGUUUUUAUUGUCGUUUUUCCUGUAAUGUGGGGAUGGGAGACUUCGGAUGCUAGACUCCAACUCCCAUCAACCCCAGCCAUGGAGGAUGAUGGGAGUUGGAGCCCAACAAUGGGGGGGGACACAGAUGUCCUCCCCCCCCCACCCUUCCUGUAAUGUACAGCAAAUUUCUCCAGGGCAGGCAGGGACAAAGAUUGAAAUGGAGACCUGUGAGAGACUGUGUGCUUGAGGGCUAGCACCUUAGAAGCCAACUGUUGAGCAUGCAACACCUGUUGCUACCGUGCAACACUCUGGUUGGUUGUGGAUUUAAGGAAGGGGUGGUCUGGGGAUGGAUUCAGGACGUUGUUGCUUAUUUAGGAGAAGCUAAGAAAACCCACCCACUUUCCAGUGAAACGGAAGUCCUGACAUUUGUGGGUUUCGCUGCAUUCUGAUGGCCCCAAAGAAUCGUCAAAUUGUAGAGUUUGAAGGGACCACGAGGGCAGUGGCGUAGCGUGGGUUAUCAGCACCCGGGGCAAGGCAAGUAAUUUGCGCCCCCUAACCCGUGGAUUUUAGUAGGGGCAGAGAGCUGCGAGUGUGAGCGCGCCCCCCCCCAGAUGUUGCGCCCGGUGCAGCCGGCCCCCCCGCACCCCCCACGCUACGCCACUGCACGAGGGUCAUCUCAGUCCAACAGCCUGCAAUGCAGCUAUUUUUUUGCCAACGUGGGGCUCGAACCCAUAACGCUGAGAUGAAGAGCCUCGUCCUUUACCAUCUGAGCUAUCCAGGCUCAACAUAGGCCAGUGGUUAGAGCACCUGCUUUGCAUGCAGAAGGUCCCAGGUUCAACCCGUGGCGUCUCCAGGUAGGGACAGAUGCCAGCCCAACAUCCUAGUGAGUUGCUGAUGGUCAGUGUGGACCAAGGUUUCUUGGGAUAGAUCAGUUGGCAGAGCAUGAGACUCUUAAUCCCAGAGUCUCAAGAGUUGUGGGCUCCAGCCCCACAUUGGGGGAAAGAUGCCUGCAUGGUUGGACUAGAUGGUCCCUUCCAACUCUGACUUUCUAUGACUUCACACCACAUGGCCCCCUGUGCCCUCCAGAUGUUCUUGAACUACAACUCCCAUGAGCCCCCGCUUCCCCAUCCGUGAUGCAGACAGCGCUGACCUCCGUGGUCCAGCAAGGCAUUCCAACAGAGGUGCAUAAACCCACGAGCCAUAAGGAAAGCCUGCUGGAUCAGGCCAAUGGCCCAUCUAGUCCAGCAUCCUGUUCUCAUAGCAGCCAACCAAAAUGAAGCCCAUAAGCAGGACCUGAUUACAUGAGCCCUCUCUCCCUUCCUGGGGCAUCCAGAAACUGGUAUUCAGAAGCAUUGCCGCUUCUGACCGUGGAGCAUAGUCAUUGUGGCUAGUAGCCAUCGAUAGUCUUCUCCUUUUCCAUGAAUUUGUCUAAUCCUCUUUUAAAGCUGUCUAGGUUGGUAGCCUUCACUGCCUCCUGUGGGAGGGAGUUCCAUAGUUUAACUGUGUGCUGGGUCCUUUCUUUUAGCUGUCUGAAAUCUUCCAGCGCAUUAGAGGGUUCUUGUUUUUGAGGAUGGGCCAAGACUCGAUAGUUGCUGGCAGGGAUCUUGGCUAGAUGGGUUGAGGGUCUUCUUUUGUACAAAUCAUCCUUGACUCACAAAUCAUCCUUGUAAAAGAGGUCAUGGCUGCUUUUAUUUCUCAUACAAAUAUUGAGGCACGGGGCGGGGGUCACUCAGCGCCCCUGGCAUAUGCAAAUAUCUGGCUCAUUUAAGACUACAAAGAACCUUUAGUCUCCAUGAUGGAACUCACAGGUGGAGAAUACUUUUAUAAAUCUUUGUUAUUUGCAAAGGGAAUCUUCGUGUGAGUUAAUAUUUUAUCGACCCUUUAAAGCUGUGCAGUAUCUUUGCACUUUUGUCCUUCUAAGCUGUGACACUUUUACGGUUUAUAUUUUUGAUUCCUUUGUUUUCUUCUCCCCAUCGCUCUUAUUUUAAUCUUUCAGUUUGCAGUGCACCUCCCUAGGAGAAUCAAGGCCCCUCCCUGCUGCCUUCCCUUCCUAGGUGGGUUUAAACAAACCCCAGUUGCUGUCUACUCAGUGCCCCCCUCUUCUGUGCUCCAGCCCUUCUAUUCAUCCAGAAUAAAUUUCUGCUGUGGAACGGAAAAGCCACAACUUGCUUCGAGCAAGGCCUGAGGGGGAGGCGGCUGGGAGAGCAUGUUGGUUGUGGCAUUCAGAUCGAGGAAUGAAGCUUCGUAGUAAUGAGGCAUCCCAGAAAAUGAGCAAGGCUUUUUCAACUCGGGGGAAGGAGGUCUCUGCUUGGCCAAAGGUGAACCAGAGGGCACCUGAGGGUCCAGCCUUCAGCCUGCGUCACCUUUUGGGGCCUGCAGACUUCCCAGGAAAUAACUUAAGAAUCUACUGGAAUCAGGCCAGUGGCCCAUGUAGUCCAGCACACAGUUCUCACCUUGGCUGGCCAGGUUUCCUAAUGCAAACCCCACAAGCAGAGUUUGAGCCCAAUAGCCUUCUCCCUUCCUUUGGUUUCCAGCAGCUGGUUCUCCAAAAUGUUACUGCCUCCAAUCAUGGAAGCAGAGCAAAGCCAGUCCUGGCCUAGUAACCCUCAAUAACCCUCUCCUGCACAAAUUUGUCCAGUCCUCCUUUAAAGCCAACCAUGGUGGUGGCUAUCGAUGCCUCCUGUGGCAGUGAGUUCCAUAGUUCAACUAAAAAAGGUACUUCAGUCUGUCCUCAGCCUCCAGCUUCCAAUGAAUGUUCAUGCAUUCCAGUGUUAUGAGAGAGGGAGGAGAGCUUUUCUCUAUGCACUUUCUCCACGCCAGGCAUAAUUUUAUAAGUGUCUUAUCAUAUUGCCUUUUCUCUAAGCUAAAAAGCCCCAGAUGCUGCAACCUUUUUCAUCACAGGGGAGACCCUCACUCGCCUAUCAGGCAUGGCCAAACUUGGCCCUCCAGCUGUUUUGGGACUUCAAUUCCCAUCAUGCCUGACCACUGGUCCUGUUAGCUAGGGAUGAUGGGAGUUGUAGUCCCAAAACAUCUGGAGGGCUGAGUUUGGCCAUGCUCUAGGUCAUUGUAGCUGCUCUUCUCUUAACCCUUUCCAGCUCUACAAUACCCUUUUCAAGGGGUGGCAGCCAGAGAGGUUUCCCUUGUGUCACUGUGCACCUUUAGGUGGCCUUUGGCACCUCGCAGGUGGAAAACGUGGAAAGUUAUGGAAAAUAUUCUUCCUUCUUUCGUUUGCCUGCCUGCUCUCUGGCUUAUAGGGGUAGACUGCCUUUGCACAUGGCGGCUCUGCUCUUUGUUGCCUCAUAAUGGGUCUGGAGUGGUGAGCGCCGCUUUGCACAGACACCUGCGUGAUCUGGGACUCUGCUUUUGCUGCCAGCGAUGAAUUCAAAACGUUCGCUGGCCGCUGGCUUCGUGACUUGCUGUGCGUCUCCUCGGGGAGAGCAGAUGCUUGACCUUUGCUCCGCGUCUAAUGGGACCUGGUUGGCUUGUUUGAAAAAAAAGCCCGUUAACUGGGCUAAUUGGCCAGCUCUGCCUCCUUUCCUUUGGGGUGUGCUAUUCUUAGCCCGGGCUGCUCAGCGAGGCGACUGUUCCCUUUCGGCUGCUGUGCCAAAUGUCCCCCUCGAAAGCAGCGCAGCUGAAGAACCUGGAAAGCAAAGGGGAGACGUAAGGAGAGAUAAAUGGACCACUCCUGGCAGCCUCCCCACCCCUUGCACGCCAGGCUGGAUGCCAGUGAUUCCAGCAGGAAUUUGUGGUUGCUUCUCGGCUGGUUUCAAAGUGAGGAGGUGCAUUUUCAAAGGCUUGUUUAUUAUGCAUCUCAUAAAAUGUAUACACACCACUUGAUUGUAAAAAAAACAACCCAACAACCCACCUCAGAGUGGUUUGCAAAAAAAGAUAAAAGAAAAUCGAGGAGGGAAAUGCAGUACUUCAAAACAUACAAAAUGUUAAAAUACUGAAACAGGUUACAAUUCAUAUCGGUGUUUCUAAGUGUAUGGGUAUGUUUGCCUAAACAAGAAUGCUUUUAGCCGGUGCUGAACGGAAUAUAGUGAAGGCGCUUGCCUGAUGUCAAGAGGCAGGGAGUUCCGAAGGAUAGGUUCUGCCAUACUAAAUGAUUGAAUUCUUACAAAUGCGGAACAGGUGUCCUGUGGCACUUGUAACAGGGCCAGCUGUGCCAGUUUAAGCGGCAGAGCGGGCAGAAGUGGGGUAAGGCGAUGUCGUAGGUAAACUGCUCCCAAGUUGUUAAGGGCUUUAUAUACUAAUAGUAACACCUUGAACUUAGACUCAUAGGAGAUCUGCAACUGGUAUAGAUCUCUGAGCACAGGAGUUAUCAUCUUCUUCUGCUUUGGCGAUCACUCGUAGCCGAAUAAGAUUGACUUCCAUAAACACAGUUUUAACAAUGAGUCCGUAAGUGACUGUGGAGGCCAAUUCUGGAUCCACACGUCCUUCCACAGUGGCGACGUUGGUUUCCGGGUGGGAGUUGAUCACGGUGUGGAUUUGCCAAGCUUGCCUUCCUCUCAGCACAUUUUUCCCUUGCGUCCUGAGUUCGAGCAUCUUCAAAGCCCAUGACACCUUUGGCAAAGGAACAGGAGGUAUAUGCUGACAAGAACUCACCCCAGUUUAUGCUGCAUCAGAAUUGCUAACAGCAGCUUCCGGAAUCAAGCACGAGGGAGGUCCCACAUUGAGGGUUGCAUGUCUCUUUGAAUUUGUGUCCAAUAUUCGUUCCAGAUUAAAGGCCUUUUUUCUGGAUUUGCUUUCUUUGCUUACUCCCCCCUCCCCUGCCAGCACCCGGAUACAGUCAUUGUCAAAGUCUUGCCGCAGUCUAGCCAGUGUUUUCUGUGAUGUGGUGAUUUUCUUCCCACCACUACUUUUUUAAAAAUUUAAUUGGAACACCAGCCUGUCUGGUAUGGACACACAUCAAAUGCCUGUGAGAUUUUUUACACACACACACACACACACACACACACACACCCUGUACUCCUGUGUGUUUAAGUAAACUGUUUCCAAGUGCUGGCCAUUUUAUUGGUUAUUAAUCACACUUGUGGGGGGGUAAUGUCUAUGUCAGUUUCUCUUCUCACCAGGGGGUGGGGUUAAUUAGGGAUUUCCUUAUAUUUUUCAUUUUUAAAAUGGGAGAAAUAGUGCUAUUUAGUUAUUUUUUCAAAAAAAGAAAAGAGAACAUUAAUGCAGGGAAGCAAGUACUGUAAUUAACUCCCCCUCCCCCACCAGUGGGAACUGAAACUGACAAUAACCCAGUUUGCACAUCACAGUAAACCCUAGACAAUGAUUGACUGCACUAAUCUGGGUUGUUUCCUCCCUACUAGCACACAGAUCUGCAAUCCCAGGCAUUGUUUUAUGUUCAAACUGGGGGUCUGGGUUUGUUUUGCGCCAAAGAAACCACAGUCUGUAGCCAGCCUACUUGCUGUCUCUGAUAGUGGAAGCAAAUUGUGGCUAUUGUGGCAAGUAGCCAUAGGUGGCCUCAUCCUCUGUGAAUUUGUCUAAUCGUCUUUUGAAGCUGUCCAAGUUGGUUGUCAGUCCUACAUCCCACGUCAGUGAGUUCCACCCUUUAACCAUGCGCUGCCUGAAGAAGUACUUCAUUUUCUCUUCCCUAAAUCUUCCAGCAUUUAUGCAGAGAAUGUUCUCCCCAUCUCCCUUCUCUAUGUACCAUGCAUAAUUUUGUAUGCAAGGGGCUUUUUGGCAGUGAAGUGCGCGCUCUCUCUCUCUCUCUCUCUUUUGGGGGGUGGUCUUGUCUCCUGUGUGCCACAUAGGAGGGUCUUGGCAGCUGCUCUCUGUGGAAAAAGGCCCCGGUUUGAAACAAUAGCAGAUAAAAAUGGCAUAAUAGGAGAGGUGGAAUUAAUUGCAGGGAGGGGGGUGGAGACGCUGGGAGUGCAGGUGUGUUUUCCAUAGUGGUGUCGAACGAGGGGCCGCCCACCCAUUUGCAAACACCCACCCACCUCUCAAAGCAUACCUAGUUCCAAGGAUCCUAGCUUAGCUGAUGUUCCUCUGCAUUCAUUCUUUUGGAUGCUUUCCAGAACUUUGCUUUUAGGUGUCACACUUGUCAGAUUUGUUUUAUUUUUAUUUACUUUCUAAGUAUGCACCCUGCCUUUCAGCAUCCGAUCUUUCAAGGCUGGGGAGUCUGGAGGAGAGUCAGACUGGGAGAAAGGGGGUGGUCUCAGCCACACAGCAUGAUCUGGGAGGGUUUAGGGUUCAUCUAUAUUAUGUAUAGUAUUUAGGGAUGCGGGUGGCGCUGUGGUCUAAACCACUGUGCCUCUUGGGCUUGCCGAUCUGAAGGUUGGCGGUUCUAUUCCCCGCAACGGAGUGAACUCCCGUUGCUCUGUCCCAGCUCCUGCCAACCUAGCAGUUCAAAAGCACACCAGUGCAUGUAGAUAAAUAGCUACCGCUGUAGCAGGAAGGUAAUCCGCGUUUUCAUGCACUCUGGCUUACAUCACGAUGUUCCGUUGCGCCAGAAGCGGUUUAGUCAUGCUGGCCACAUGACCUGGAAAGCUGUCUGGACAAACGCCGGCUCCCUCAGCCUGAAAGCGAGACAAGCGCCGCAACCCCAUAGUCGCCUUUGACUGGACUUAGCCACCCAGGGGUCCUUUACCUUUACCUUUUUAUAUUAUGUAUAAUUUUAGGGAUUGUUGUUGAUAUGCACUCCGGCAUUAAGUGUUGGGAAAUGACAACAGGCAUAAUAAUCCCUGGCAUCUCCAGGCAAAGGCAAGUGACCUGUGCAUGCCUGCUCAGUCUGCUGUACAACAGGUGCUGCUGCUACCUGUUCAUAGAAUUGUAGACUUGGAAUGGACCCUCAAGGCUGGUGAGGGGCGUGGCCUAAGAAGAGAGGGUGUGGCUUGGACAGAGGACCUAUGGACUGUAUUUGGCACUUGCUUAUUAUAAGCUUGGCCAUUGUAUAACCCCAUUACUAUCAUUAAUCUCUCUCUGUGUGUGUUUCUUUAUUUUGAACAAAAUUCUUUUCUGGCUAUACUUUUACAUUUUCAAAAAUGUAAAUGAAAGUGUGUUACCUCUAAGGGGGCAAUGCUAAUUUUAAAAAAUUAAAAGGGUGGGGGGACAUUUUGGCAACUCCUGCCCCCAAUAAAGCAGAAAUCUAUACUUUUGUUUCAGCUUUUUUUUUUUUUUUUACACUUCAUGGGUAGUAAUGAGGAUUUGUGUGAAAAUGAACAAGUGCAUAGUGCUUGAUUAAUUAUUGUUGUUGGUUUUUUUUGAAAUAAUAAUAAUAAUAAUAAUAAUAAAGAAUUGCUUGCAAUUUAUUCUUCCCCAAACUGGACCUUCCCCACCAACAUCAGUUUAUAGGUGAAAAUGGAACAAGCAAGAUGAACAUAUUGGGGGGCGGGGCGGGGGAGGUAUCCCAUAUCCCUGAUGGGGUCUAUUGCAAUUCUGCUUGCAUCAUGCAGAAGAAGAACAAUGAUUUAUUAGUGCUUGGGAGCUGCCUGUCUGGAAACGGCUGCUGUCUGCGCUGAGAGUAGUUGAAUGAACGAUGGGCACUCAGUGCAGAGGUGCAGUGGAUGAUGCCCUCCCCCCACAGGAAGCAAAUGGAAAAGAGGAGGCAAGCCCAGAGCAGAGUCACAGCCGGCGACCUCUGCUAUGAACUACUAAUUUGGGCCUGUGAGAGCCUUUAACUUUUUAUUUCCCCAUUUGAAGAUGGUGCAUCUACUAUGUCGAUAUGGUUAGGAUACUAGCUUGCACGGUAUCCUCUGAUGCCUCUCUUCCUCGGUUGGUGCUGGAGAGCAUCUGCUUUCCAUGAAGAAGGAUGCAAGUUCAGACCCCAGGGCCAUCUCCAAGGGCUAGGACCGGAGAGGAAUCCCCGGAGAGCUACUGCCACUCAGUAUGGACGAUAGUGAGCAAAAUAGGCCAGUGGGUCAGCUCAACAUAAAGCACCUGUUCCUGUUUAAAUCAGCCUUUUAUUCAGCUCCAUGAGGACUGGAAUCUUGCACUGAUUUUAAUGAAAGGGGCAGAGCAUUAGACUAGAUCAGUGGUUCCCAAAGUAGGUGGUACUGCCCCCUGUGGGGGAGGGUGGGAUUACUACAUCAAUUGCUAUAUACCUGUACAGUGGUACCUCAGGUUAAGUACUUAAUUCAUUCCGGAGGUCCAUUCUUAACCUGAAACUGUUCUUAAACUGACGCACCACUUUAGCUAAUGGGGCCUCCCGCUGCCACCAUACCACCACCACACGAUUUCUGUUCUUAUCCUGAAGCAAAGUUCUUAACCCGAGGUACUAUUUCUGGGUUAGUGGAGUCUGUAACCUGAAGCGUAUGUAACCCGAGGUACCACUGUAUAUGGACAUUUCCAGCACAAUCUCAAUAUGUACUUGUAGCUUAGUAAAGAACACUUUUUGUUCAGUAAACUAGAUGUUUGUGACCAAAAUAUUGCUGCUAAGAGGCAAGGAGUCAGCAGGGGGCGCUGGCGGUGUAAAUGACUCUCUGACUUUGAGAAGUUGACAUCGAUGGGUCAAGGUAACCAAUGUUGUUGAAUUAAUUAAAUACCGUAGUUGGAUUUUGAAGAAAUGUGCAAUUAAUUGUUGCUGAAUUUUAGUGUGGUGUUCUCUUCCUUAGUGGGGCGUGCAAACCGCUGUUCUGAAGGGUGCUUUUUAUGGAGUAAGGUAGGGGGCACUGGGGAAGAGUUCUUGAAAACAAGGGAGCAGUGGCACAAAAAAGUUUGGGAACCCCUGGUCUUGAUGGUCUCCAAAGGAGUCUGCAAGGUGCAAAGUCCCAGGGGUUUCUCUCCUUCAGAAGUCUGUCCCACAGGCUUUCUUUUAUUCAGGGCAUUUUGUGUCUUCCAGGCUAAGGACAGCGACGAUGACGAUGACGUCACUGUCGGAGUGGAUCGGGACCGCUUCAUGGACGAGUUUUUUGAGCAGGUGAGAAACCCCGUUUAGUUGCACGAAUUUGUCAGGUAGUCAAUUCUUUGGCCUCUUCCUGCAGAUUCCGCCGCCGCCGCCGCCACUAGUCGCCCCUUUGCUUCUUCUUUGAGCAACUAGGUGCAUUUGGGUGGGGCGGGGGGGUUGCACCUGGCAGCUCAGAGCAAAAUGAGUUGAGUCCUGUGCAGAUCAUUGGGGAACAGUUGAGGAGAAGUGGGGAACCUUUUCGGUUUAUACCGCUGUGUCUCAUAUAGAUAUUUUACAGCAUUGAAAACAUUCAAAAGUUAAAAACAGACUUCAGUUAGCCACUGCAGAAGGUUGUACUCUUAAUUGCCUGCAUAGGCCCGGUGGAAUAGAAAAGUUUUCAGCAGGCAAACGUUGGCACGGAAGGCACCCACUGAAUCUCUAGUGGCAUGGCGUUCCACAGGAAUGGGCCAGUGUUGUGAACAGCCCUGAGAUCUACAGUUGAAGGGUGGUACAAAGAUUUUAAGAAUAAAAUUAUUAUUUAUUUAUUUAUUUAUACCCCACCCAUCUGGCUGGGUUUCCCCAGCCACUCUGGGCAGCUCCCAACAGAAUAUUAUUUUUAUUAAUAUUAAUAAUAAUAACAACAACAAUAAUAAUAAAGCAACAGAAUAUCAAACAUUAAAACAUCAAUCAUUAAAAGGGUUUCAUUGCUGUUAAAUGAGCCUCUCCAGUUCCAGGGAACAACGUUCCUGCAGAGAUUCUCAGGGAUUGAACUGGGAUAGAAGAUUUCAGGUGGUCCCUGGAGUAAGUCUUAACUGAAUUCAGUAGUGCUUAUUCCCAUACAAGCUGAGUUAAGACUGAAGGUUUAGCUGGGGCCUCCUCCCUGGUUGCUGUGGGAUGAAACCAGAGGCCUGCUUCUUACAGAGAACUAUGAAGUGAGGGGAGCAGUAGCAGCUUGUUGAGGGCUUUCGAAAUUAAAACAGGGACUUUGAAGCAGGCCUUGUGGCAAGUCCUUAUUUUGGCCAUGCCGGGGUUUGAUGUUGGAAGAUGCCCUUGUCAAAAGCCAGGGCCUUCCAAGCUCUCUGCUCACUCUGGCCCUCCUUCCUCCAGGUGGAAGAGAUCCGGGGGUUCAUCGACAAGAUCGCGGAGAAUGUGGAAGAGGUGAAGCGGAAGCACAGUGCCAUCCUUGCGGCCCCCAAUCCCGACGAGAGUGAGUAAGGCUGCCUUGCCUCUUCUUGGCUGAGGUGGGGGGGGGGAGCUUUUGCCGGUGGAUGGGGGCAGAUGUCUCCGCUCAACAGUGAAUAUCCUUGUUUCGUGAAAACAAGCCCCUUUGUUACAGCUGAAGUUGCGACCAUAGAAUCAUAAGAGUUGGAAGGUACUUCCAAGAUCAUUUAGCUCAAACCCCUGCAAAAGCAAGACCCCCUGACAGAUGGCCACCCAACCUCUGCUUAAACACCUCCAAUGAAGGAGAGACCACCACCCUUUUUUUUUUUUUGCAAGGUGGCACUUUCCCUUUAAACCAGGUGGUGAAGGAGUUCUGUUGGUUAGUUCGGUUGGUUAGUGUCGACAUGCAGAGGACCAGGAGGCCAGCUGGGCCGUCUCCUUCCAACCGUCCUGCUGCGAAGACCAUCAGCCUCUGCUCCGACAUAAAUCAGCGACCCGGGCUUCAAAGCCAGGGCACACUAUCAGCAGAUAGAACUGCGCACACAGAAUAGGUGUGAGGCUUGUGAAAGCAUACUACAACUACAGAUUUAUUAAUCAUAAAUCAGGACAAAGAAACAUGUCGUCCCUCUCUCUCUCUCUUGUCUUCUCAGAGAGAACGGGAAAAAGCAAAAGCUAUACACACCACGGAAGUUCCCAGCAAGCUGUGCUGGAAUGUAAACAGGCAUGUGACACACAAUAGUUCCAUACGUCUGCUCCUUAAGGUGGAAUGGAAAUCUCAACAGUUAGAGCAUGGUGGUGAUAAUACCAAGGUUGCAGGUUCGAUCCCUGUACGGGACAACUGCCUAUUCCUGCAUUGCAGGGGGUUGGACUGGAUGAUCCUCAGGGUCCCUUCCAGCUCUGAAAUUCAGUGGUUCUAUGGUUUCCAUUUUGUAGGGGGGUGGUCCACUCCCUGCAAGAAGCUCUAGUUCCUCAGGUUACCCACCACCACAAAAAAGACUUACCCCUCACCUCUUUGCAUAAGGCAUCGGCAACGGGGGGUGUCUCUUGUCAGGUUUUGCUGCCCUGCGUGGAUCUCUGUAACUUGUUUAACCCCGGCCCUCCAAACAAUUGAGCGUUCUCUCCUGUGGCAGGCUGGGGCGCUGCAUAAAUAUCAAUUAACUCCCUCGCCUGUGAGCGCAUUAGGGGAAAGUGCUCAGCAAUUAGCUGCGCCUUAAUUUAGCCAGUGGAGAGGGAGCGUGACACUCCUGUGGGUCUAGCAGGGGGCCUGCUAGUGCCACCAUGCCAGGCGUUACAGGUGGCGCUGGAAGGGCAGGGCAGGAUCAGAUUUCCUGCCCGACCCAGGAUGCCAAUCCAGUUGGCCCAGAUGCAAUCAGAACAGUUGCUUAGCAAAGGGUGGAAGGGAUGAGGGAGAGGGGGUACCAUUGAGGGGCACCCCAGGGUUAUUUGGCAUAUUCAUGGGCAUUCGAUGCAAGGAGCGGCUCCUCCCAACGACCUGUCUAUUGAGCAUGCACAAAAAGUUUGUGGAGGUCAGACUGUCCCCACUCUGUACUGAGCAUUUAAGAACAUAAUUUGAGCCUGCUGGAUCAGGCCAGAGGGAGCCCAUGUAGCCUAGCAUCCUGUUCUCACAGUGGCCAACCAGAAACCUGCAAGCGAGAUCCAGUCACAGGAGCUCUCUCCCCCUGCCCUCCCCUCCCCUCCUAUGUUUUCCAACAACUGGUGUUCAAGAAGCAACAUUGCGGAGGCAGAGUUAGCAGUCCUGGCCGAUAGCCAUCAAUAGCCCUCUCCUCCAUGAAUUUGUCCAAACUUCUUUUGAGCAUAGUUGAGCUAUGAAAAGUCCUUUUAAAAAAAUCUGUCCUGAAUCUCUCACCAUUCCGCUUCAUUGGAUGUUCAAAUGUUCAAGUGUUAUGAGAGAGGGAGGAAAAGUUUUCUCUAUCUGCCUUGUCCAUGCCAUGCAUAAUUUUAUAAACUCCUAUCGCAUUGACUCUUAGCAAACUCUAACCUAAAUCGUCCUAACGCAGCAACCUUUCCUUCAUAGGGGAGUCGCUCCACCCCCUUGAUCAUGUUGGUUGCCCAUUUCUGAACGUUUUCCAACACCGGAUUAGUGAUUCCACAGGGGGCCUUCAUCCCACAUCCAUUCUGAUUUGCUUCCAGGGCGUUUAUGCAUCUUAUCAUUAAUCCCUUGUUUGUCCCACAUUUCCAGCACGUUUCCCCUGUCACUUUCCUAACUGCAAAAAGUUCAGUGUGGUUGAAGUGGAUUUGUGGUGCUAAGGCGACAAAACGCCUUGGUCCAUUUCUGUUUCCUGGGAUGCACUUCUGAAAAAUACUGCAGGCUCUGUGAACCAGAAGAGCUUUGCAUUAGGAGAAAGGAUGGCUGGUGUUUGCUUCUUUAAGCCCCCUUAGUGUUUUCUCCUGCCUGCAAAUAUUUAUUUUUAUUUUUAUUUUUAUUUUCACAAGCAGCAGUAGACCAUAUUUAACAACACCACUCCACCGCCUCCCUCGCCAAUAAAGCGAGAUGAGCGCCGCAACCCCAGAGUUGGUCACGACUCUAAUGGUCAGGGGUCCCUUUACCUUUACUAUCAUUGCACAAGUUGCCACCUGUCCUCAGGUGCCUAUAACCAUUUUCUGUCGAUACUGCAAAUUACAGUGGCAGAGCCCCUGCUUGGUGUGCAGAAUGCCCCAGCUUCAGCACAUACACCCCUGUGGCAUCUCUGGGAAAGGCUAGGAAUAUUCCCUACUUGAAACCCUGGAGAGCUGCUGCCAGUCUGUGCUGAUAAUACUAAGCCUAAAAGGUAAAGGUAAAAGGACCCCUGACCAUUAGGUCCAGUUGUGACCGACUCUGGGGUUGCGGCGCUCAUCUCGCUUUAUUGGCCGAGGGAGCCGGUGUACAGUUUCCGGGUCAUGUGGCCAGCAUGACUAAGCCACUUCUGGCGAACCAGAGUAGUGCACGGAAACACCGAUUAUCUUCCCGCCAGAGCGGUACCUAUUUAUCUACUUGCACUUUGAUAUGCUUUCGAACUGCUAGGUGGGCAGGAGCAGGGACCGAGCAACAGGAGCUCACCCCUUUGCGGGGAUUCGAACCGCCGACCUUCUGAUUGGCAAGUCCUAGGCCCUGUGGUUUAACCAACAGUGCCACCCGUGUCCUGCUUAGAUGCUCCAAUAAUCUGACCUGGUGUGAGGCAGCUUUCUGUGCGUGGGAUGGGGAUCUCUCCGGCUUUCCUGCCUCCGGUGCAGCGUGGCUGCCCCCAGCAGCUCCUUCUAGGCAUAUCCCUCUUCCCGUUCCCUCCCCUCUUGCCUCCUGUAUUCCCUGCGUGGGUGAGUGCCGGAGGUUUCUGUGUUGGCUGCCCCCUCUCUCGCUUCUGACUCACUGCCGCACUUCUCUUCUCUCCCUGCUUUCUCCUCCUCCUCCGGAGAUUGUUGUCAUCGCCCACACAACCCAUUCCUUCCUGCUUACUCCAUCCAUACCCCUAUUAAAAGUGCUCCCUGAGUGCUCUGCUGUCCUUCAUUCCAAAGAAACAGAGCCCUGGGGAAGCCCUGGAGUUUCUCACCGUUGGGGUGGCGUGGAAUGCUGUUACUCCGCAAGCUUUGCUAGGUGGCUUGCCUAUAGCCCUUCCUCCCUCUUCUCCCAGGAUAAUAUUCCCUCCACAUAAUUGCUUUCUCCGUUCACCGCUGGGAGGGUCAGCUCCUUCCAUGCACAGUCAACAUCGAUCUUGAGAAAUUGCAGCCGCCCUGCCCACCCGUUCGAAAGAGAGCUGGCUUCUCCGGGGACCUCGGGAUGUUAUUAAUGAGCUUUGGGUCCAGGCGAGUCAGGCGAGAGGAUGGAAACGGCCAAUUUCCCAGGCUGAGUCUCAUCCUCACCAUCGCUGCAAACAUCUCCGCUGUGGCAAGAUGGAAAUUGCACCCCUUCGGAGAUGUUUUGUGCGUUGGAAAACCCGGAGAUGGGAACGGGCUGCUUAAGGAAGGGAAGGGAAAUGCCUUUGGGGAGGGGGUGCUGUUGUCAAGCUGAGUGUGGCGCUUUAUUCUGGGGUGGUUGAGGGCACUGAGCCCUGCACGAUGAAAAGGUGGCAAUCCUCUUGUCUCUGCCAACUUGCAAACGCAGACCUUUUUUCGGGCUGCCCCUUGGCAGCAGGGUUGCUCGACAUUUUCCUUUCCUUUAUUAGCUGUGAUUCUAAUUGGACUAGAUGAACCCUGGAGUUCUACAAUUCUAUGAUUCCAUUCCAGUCUCUUCUCCUGUAAUUUUAGUUAGCAGCCGCCUGAUAGGAUGGAAAGAGCAAGUCCAGGGGUCAGCAAACUUUUUCAGCAGGGGGCCAGUCCAUUGUCCCUCAGACCUUGUGGGGGGCCGGACUAUAUUUUUUUUUGGGGGGGGAGGAAUUUGAACGAAUCCCUAUGCCCCACAAAUAACCCAGAGAUGCAUUUUAAAUAAAAGCACACAUUCUACUCAUGUAAAAACACGCUGAUUCCCAGACCGUCUGUGGGCCGGAUUUAGAAGGCGAUUGGGCCAGAUCUGGCCCCCGGGCCUUAGUUUGCCUACCCAUGAGCAAGUCAGUGGAUGCUGCUGUCCUCUGGAGCAGGCGGGGGAAUGACGGAUCUCCAGGUAUUGUUGUAUGAAGGCACCCUUCAGCCUUUGCUGUUGGCCUUGCUGGCCUGGGACUGAUGGGAGAUGGAGUUCAACAGCAACUGGGGGGGGGGGGCAAAGGUCCCAAACUCCUGUGCUGAGGACUGAAUCUCCUCGAUCCAGCAGGGAAAGGGUAACAGAGCACCUGCCUCAGCCUGAUCAGUAUAAGCCAGUUUCCUAUAUUCCUGUUUAAACCAGCCAUUAAUUCAGAGCAAUGAGAGCUAGAGUCUUGGGUUGUUUUUAGAGAAAAGGCCACAGCUCAUUGGUGGAGCAUCUUCCUGUCUAUAGGCCCUGUCCUAUUCUAUUGCUUCCUGCUGACUGUGAUUUUUUGAGUAAUUGUAGGAAUGUGAUAUUAUAUUAAGACUGCAUCAUCGUAAUAUAAAACACCCAGGGCCGCUGCACUAACAGAAACCAGCAUCUGGGAUUCCCUCUCUCCAAGUGUGUGUCCCACACUGUCCCCAAAUCUUUGUGGGGGGACUCAGAAAAGAUUUAGGGGCUCUGCGUGGGAAGGGAGUGAGUUCUGUCAUGGAAGGAAAAUCCUCAGACUCAAGGCUAGGCUCUUGAAGUCUUCUGAGAGCUCAACAGAGAUUAAAGAUAAGGCAUUCUCCGCUUGCAAUGAGGAUUUGCCCUUUAAUUAUUUUCUUCUCCCUGCAGGGUGGGAGUUAAUUACUGGCUUCUGUGCAUUCCGCCCCCUCCCCUUUUUCUUGUAUAGCAAAAUAGCAGAGCUGCCUGUCAGAGUAGACAAUACUGGCUGCAUGGGCUGACUCAGUGUGGGUGAAAACUUAACGCUGCAUGGCAAUCCCCGAUGGCAUCUCUGGGCAGGGCUGGAGGGAGCUCUGCCUGGACCCCUGGAGUGCUGCUGCCAAUGAAUGAAUAUUAUUAUUUAUUUGUGUAGCCAAAGCCCUUAUGAGAAGCAAAAUAGAGUUAACAGAAUAUAAUAUGUUGUGCAUUUAAAAUAAUUGUGCAAACCAGAUCUUCUGUCAGAUAAGAGUUUGUUCCCCCGAAGUAUUUAACUUGGCUUCCCCACAAACUUUUCUCCUGAAAAUCGCUGCUCUAAAGGCAAAACAGGCCACUUUUUCAGUAAGUGUCCCCUAAUAAAAAGUUACCGUAUUUUUCAUCCCAUAGGACGCUCCAUCCCAUAGGACGCACCUAGUUUUUUUGGGGGGGAAUAAAGGGGGGGAAUUUCCUUUAUUUCCCCCCCCCCAAACCAGGUCAGGGAACAGCGGGAUAGCGGCGCUGAGCCUCCCCGCUGUCCCCCGAGCCUGUGGGGCUGGCCGAUGUCUGCCCGGCGCGAGGAGCGCUCUGCUUCAGGGUGCCUUGCGCGCCGGGCCGCAGGCUGCUAUCCGCAGCCUAGGGAGCCCAGCGGGAACUCCCGCAGGCUCCCCAGGCUUGCUGAUAGCUUCCUGAAGCCUGGAGAGCGAGAGGGGUCGGUGCGCACCGACCCCUCUCGCUCUCCAAGCUUCAGCGAAAGCCUGUAUUCGCCCCAUAGGAUGCACACAGAUUUCCCCUUCCAUUUUUGGAGGGGGAAAAGUGCGUCCUAUAGGGCGAAAAAUACGGUAAUCAGAUGCUUACACUGACUUGUGGCAGUGGGCCAUACUGAACCAAGUUGAACCAAUGGAUACAGUACAAGGCAGCUGCUUGUGUUGCUAAGCCCUAAGUAGCGUCAGGCGCAUAAAUGUAUUCUUAUGCAAGGGUAAAUGGGCAUGAGUUAUUUUCUCUUUUUACGAAGCUCUGGGAAUCUGAGAGAAUGGGGUUUCUUUAUUUUUUACCAAGGAUUCUCAGGAUCCCUGUCAAGCUGCAACUCCUAGAUAGUUUAAGGGCACCCAUGACAGUUAAACCCAUUUAAAACUGCUGCAGUGUGAGGCAGGAAUGAACAAAUCUUACCAGUUUUAUUGAUUGAUUGAUUGAUUGAUUGAUUGAAUGAAUGAAUGAAUUUAUAUACCGCCCUAUACCCAGGAGGUACAGGAAAGUUCAUAGAAUAAAAUCAAGAUAUAAAACAACAAAAUACAUAAUAAAAAUAAAAAACAACCCAAUAGCCCUCCCCUCAAAAAACCCGCAUUUUAAAAGGACAUAGGAUGUAAAUCAGAUCAACCAAAGGCCUGGUUAAAAAGGAACGUUUUUGCCUGGCACCUAAAGGUGUAUAAUGAAGGCACCAUGCGAACUUCCCUGGGGAGAGCAUUCCACAGGCAGGGAGCCACUGCAGAGAAGGCCCCGUUCUCGUGCUGCCACCCUCUGGACCUCUUGAGGAGGAGCCACACAAAGGAGGCUUUUCUCAGUUUCCCCUACUUCGGUUGGGAUUCCACAUCAUAAGAGUUAGAAGGGACCCCGAGGGUCAUCUAGUCCAACGCCUGCAAUGCAGGAAUCCUGCCCACAGCCAUCCCUGAGUGGGCUCGAACCCACUGUGCCACAGAAGGGUUCAGUUUGCAUUAAAAAAGAGGAGGGUUCUCGUGAAAAUUCAGCACUAUUUUCAUGCAAAUUAGUACAGCAUCCCUUUCUCGCAAUGGCCGCCCAGAUGCCCAUCAUGGGGAAAUCCCCCAAACAGGACCCAAGCGUGAGGCAAUCCUUUCUUUCAUCUGCCCUGAAUCCUGCAUCAUUCCUCUCCAUUGGAUGUCCCUGAGUUCUAGGUUAGGAGAGAGGGAGGGAAACUUCUCUCCUUCCACUUUGUCAGGCAUAAUUUUAUCACCAUCUAUCAUGUCGCUUCUUAAACGCUGCAGCCUUACUUCAUAGGGGAUCAUCCCCUUGAUCAUUUUGCUUGCCCUUCCCUGAACCUUUGCCAAAUUCUCCCAGUUGGUAAAAUGCUCAAAGGCUGGCAAGGGGGUUCUUUGUUGGACAGGCAGUGCUGAUCCUGCUGAGGACGUCUGAGGCCCUGCACAGAUGCUCUGAGCUCAGCGGAGAGUCUUGGCGCGAGGCUGCCAGUGCAGAGACCUCGCCGUGCCCCUGUCGCCUCCUCUGUGCCACCCAGACUUGGCUGCUCUGCCAGCGUUGCUUGGUUACGUUGGCGAUGUUCAGAGUUCCAGGUGACGACAAUUAUCUCCUCUCCGGGCCAAGGGAGGGCGGGUUGCGGAGGGGGCAGGGAGGGAGCAGGCUUGCACCUGGCACCUCCAGCGCCAGGCAGCUUGGGGAAGCUGCAGGAAAAGGGCAAGCAGAGCAAUCUAGGAGGGCUGGAUCGCGCCGCCCCUGCGAGGGAGGGCUGCAGCGUUUGGGCUUAGGCAAAAGUUGAUGGGCAAGAUGGGAGGAAGGAUAACAGAGGUUUGUGCAAUGAGGUCUGGUGUGGAGAAGGAGUUGGAGGGAAGGUCUUCUCCCUCUCCCCCAUUCUUUAAGUACAGUGGUACCUUGGGGUAAGAACUUAAUUUGUUCCGGAGGUCUGUUCUUAAGCUGAAACUGUUCUUAACCUGAGGUACUACUUUAGCUAAUGGGGCCUCCCGCUGCCACCACACAAUUUCUGUUCUCGUCCUGAAGCAAAGUUCUUAACCCGAGGUACUAUUUAUGGGUUAGUGGAGUCUGUAACUUGAAGCGUCUGUAACCCGAGGUACCACUGUAUUUGUUAUUUCUUUAUUGCAUUACACGGAUCCCGUCCGUAACACAAGGUUCCACUGUACUAUUCCCCCAUUGUUUCCUCUGAAUAGCUCAAGGUGGCAUAACUGGUUCAUUCCCCUCCUCACUGAAUCCCCAUUACAGCCCUAUGAGGUAGGCUAGGACCAAGGUCCCCACCCACUGAGCUUCAUGGCAAGUGGGGAUUUGAACCCUGGAUUCCCAGGUCCUAGUCCGACACUCUAACCACUAUACUGCGCUGGCUCUCUACAUAUUAUGCACUCUCCCCUAACAUAUGCAUUUUGAGUACGUCUUGUUUGGAUAACUCUGUGGAAGGAGGGUGAAUUUCAAAGGAGAGCCUCGUUUUGCGGGUUUGACGUUGAUUUCAGGAAGUGCAAACAAGGCGUGUUCGUAUUAAAAUGUGGACCACAAAUUGAACAUGCAUCCGAUCCCAAAGGGAACUUGGCAGAAAAGAUCUCUAGGGUGGCAGGAUUUGGCCAGCACAAGGGUGGGGGAUAAAUUUAAGCAGUGCCCAACUCUCAUCGCAGUUCAAGGGACUGAUUCCAGCAGGGCCAAAAUCCAGCUGUGAAAUCGGGGUGCAAUUAUGGCCAUCCACAAGCAUUCCUAAGAACUCAAAAGAAAGUCCUUCUUCACUGGGCACAUAAUUAAACUAUGGAACUCUCUGCCACAGGAGCGGAGAGGGCUCUUCCGCUCGGGUCCUGCUUGUGGGUUUCCCAUUCAGGGAAUCUGUUUGGCAACUGUAAGUACAGGAUGCUGGAGUAGGUGAGGCCAUUGGCCUGAUCCAGCAGGCUCAGAUGAUGAUCUUACCUUCUCCUGCCUCUUCUGCCUUCCAGAAACCAAGGAGGAGCUGGAGGAACUCAUGUCUGACAUCAAGAAGACAGCCAACAAAGUGCGCUCCAAGCUAAAGAGUGAGUAUCUCCUUGCACGGGGGCAGGAUGAGGGUGCUACGCACAGGGGCUGGUGGAAAAUGAUCUGCAAGUCAAGGAUGCCCUAGGAACCUCUGCCUUGUUUUUUUCAAGAUUUUCAACCUUCAUGGCUUCUAGGAUCCUUUUGGCUGUGCCUGGAGCUCUCAGAACCAGGGCAGCUCCUCUCCUCUCUCCUUUGGAGAUAACCAAAGGAAAUGCAGAUUUGCAUCCUUUAUUUGGGCUGCAGGGUUCACAUUUCAUAGCCCAGAUUUUUGCUUUUCCUUCUAAAUUAAAUGAGGUGUUCUGACUUUCCUGGGGCAGUUUUAGGGAUGCUCCUAGAUGGUCUUUUGCCUUCUGGGGAGCUAUUUUUAACCUAGUCUGAAAUGGGCAUCAGGCAGGCGAGGAAGGAGAGAGAGAGAGAGAGUCCCAUCUGUUUCUCAACCCCCGCCCCCUUUCUCUUCCUUCUCUGAACGUCUGAUCUGCUUUUCUCUCCCCCUUAGGUAUUGAGCAGAGCAUUGAGCAAGAGGAGGGGCUCAACAGAUCGUCAGCAGAUUUGAGAAUAAGAAAGACACAGGUAGGUGGCCCUGAUACCCACUCACUGCCUGGUCUGUGAGUUUCUUUUAAGCCCCCGUUAAAGCCUUAUGAUCCAGUGGGCACCUCUUGUGGCAGUGAGUUCCAUAUGUUAACAUCCAAUGGUGUGAACUUCGGGGCACCUGGAAAUAUUACAUGUCACAAUAUGUUGUCCAUAGUCAUAGAAUUGUAGUGUUGGAAGGUACCACCAAGGGUCAUCUAGUCCAGCCCCCUGCAAUGCAGGAAUCUCAGCUACAGAAUCCCUGGCAGAUGGGAUCCAACCUCUGUUUAAAAAGCUCCAAGGAAAGAGAGUCGACGGCACUCUGAUAUAGUCCUUCCUUUCUCGUCUGGCUGAUUGGUUCCAUUCGAGUGACCCAAAGUCUGGCGUUGGUGUGGUUUGUGACAAAUAAUAUUUAUAUUUUGAAAUAUAAAAAGAUGGAGCUGUAUUCGAUUUCUACCCAAAGUUAGUUGCCGUUAAUUUCAGUGUGUCUACUCUUGAGUACAAACUUGGAUGGCUUACACCCCUUGGAUGCUUAUAUUUUGAUCUUCGCAGUUAAAAAUAAUAAUAAUGAUCAGUUUUGUUACAUUCCUUCUGUUUUAUGGUUUGUACGACUAGACACCUCCUGAAGAUUUUUUCUGCAAGCCUGUCCUUUAAUGCUUUAAAAAUAAAAUUCUCUCUUUCCACUUCCUCCACACCAUGCAUAAUUUAUUUUUAAGGAACAGUAAAACUUCUGUCACAUCCUUUCAUUGAAAAACACCAAAUCUUGGCACUGGGUAUUUUCCUACCACUGGCAGGGGCUGAUGAAUGUGGCCCCCCGAACCCUCUCCAUCUGGCCCUUGGGACACUCAGUGGCCCAGCUACACCCUCUCCUCAUGUGCCUGAGCCAGACUGGGAUGUGCCAUCAAAUUUGUGAUGCUGCUACUUGCUUCUGUGGACAGAGGAUGGGUUGGAACAUACAAAUGAAAAAAAUUGCAUCUUUUGCUCCGCCCACUUUUGCCUCAGCUCUACCCACUGCUGGUUUGAGCCUUGUUGGAAUUGGUCCCUUGCGCUGUGAGCUGGGUGUUAACUUGGGUGUGGUCUGUUCAAAUUUCUCCUCAGUGCUGUCCUGUUAACCCAGGAAUCUUUCAACCAAUAUUUCUGAAUUCUCUUUAGGGGUUUUUGGGGGGCAGGGGGGGCACAUUCCAUUUGUGGUUCCCAUUUCAACAUGUUGCUGCCUCGUUCGCACUUCCGAAACAAAGCCAAAGGCAAAAUUUCAUCUCCCCUUUGAAUUUCCUCUACAGCCAAGCAAGGUGUACUCAAAGGGACUGCAUUAGGGAAAGUGUGUACCAAAUUAAAAUGUAUAGAGUCAGUGUGGUGCAAUGGUUAGAGUGUUGGAUUAGGACCCAGGAGAGACCUGGGUUCAAAUUCAGCCACAAAGCUCACUGGUUGCCCUUGGGGGGCCAGUCACUGCCUCCCAGCCUCACAGGGUGGUAAUGGGAAUUAAAUGAGGAGGUUUUUUGAGUCCACAGCUCCCGUAACCAACUAGAUUCUUUCUGCGGCACCUCUGUGGGGCUCAGGAACCCAGUUAUGUCACCCACUGCCUGCCGAGCUGGCAGCCUCUCACCCUUUCUCAGCCCCCUUUUCCUUGGGAUCCCUCUGGGCAGCUGCUGCAGCCCUUGGUCUCUAAGCUGCUCCCCUGCCCCCAAAGAAAGGUACCUCUCAGGCAGCCCUGUUUAGGGAAGAUUAUAAUGACUGGUGUUUUAAUGUAUUUUUAAUCUUUUGUUGGAAGCCGCCCAGAGUGGGUGGGGUAUAAAUAAUGCAUUAUUAUUAUUAUUAUUAUUAUUAUUAUUAUUAUUAUUGAUGCGGGUGGCGCUGUGGGUCAAACCACAGAGCCUAGGACUUGCCGAUCAGAAGGUCGGCGGUUCGAAACUGCGCAACAGGGUGAGCUCCUGUUGCUCGGUCCCUGCUCCUGCCAACCUAGCAGUUCAAAAGCACGUCAAAGUGCAAGUAGAUAAAUAGGUACCGCUCUGGCGGGAAGGUAAACGGCGUUUCCUGGCGCUGCUCUUGUUCGCCAGAAGCGGCUUAGUCAUGCUGGCCACAUGACCCAGAAGCUGAACGCCGGCUCCCUCGGCCAAUAAAGCGAGAUGAGCGCCGCAACCCCAGAGUGGGUCACGACUGGACCUAAUGGUCAGGGGUCCCUUUACCUUUACCUUUACUAUUAUUAUUAUUAUUAUUAUUUUAUUUAUUUAUUUAUUUAUUUAUUUAUUUAUUUAUUUAUUACCUCCAAGAGGCAACCUUUGCCUGCAGAGCUUAAGGCCUGGGCUGCUGCAAUAAACAGCUGUGCAAACCUUUGGGAGGCAGAGACACAAGAGGGCAACAGAGGAAGGAGGGAAAGAAAGAGGGGCAGAGGCCAGUGUUGCCCACACACCCCUGACCAUCAUUCAAGGCACCCCAGGGUGCCACGGUACGCUGGUUGAAAACCACUGGCGUAUGCCAUCCUUGAGCCCCCUGGAGAAAGAAGAGGUGGGGAUAUAAAUUCAAUAAAUAAAUUAAAUUGAUGCAACAUACAAGAAGGUGUGAUAUUUUAGGGGAAUCGCUUGCAAGAAUGUGCCCGUUCGGAAAAACGGCAUAUGAAAAGUGCUGACAAAUUCUGUUAAAAAGAUGCAAAACAAGAGCUGAACUCAGGGUUGAGAAAUGAGCAGCUGAAAUGGAGGGAUUCAUCCAUCUCUGAUCCAGUUUCAAAGCGGAAGGCUGGAUUAAGGCUGAGGGGGCAAAGUAGCUGGUUUGGGGGGUGGCUCCUGGUGAGAUGCCCCCCCCUUUCCCAUGGGGUUGGGGAGGAAGAGCCUGACUUUUCCCCUCUCCCCAGCCUUUGUGGAUGCUGAAGGGCACCAACAGCUCAUCUUCACAACAAACAAAGCCAGUUCCAAGUCAUCGCCCCCCCAACCUCCCCGUCACACGAUGAUGAGCAGCCAAGUCUGAUCUCCAAAGAAACAGCGCUCUCUCUCUCUCUCUCUCUCUGACUCCCCGAAACACAGCAGAUGGGCGAUGCGCCGGGGAGAGCAAGUGUGAAAAUGUUUUGCUGUGCAGCCGCCUGUUCCUUAAUCAGAGGCAAGGAACUGCGGUGCAUGAGCCGGGGCGGAAAGCAGGAAGCAGCGGGUGGGUGGGAUGCUCUUCCGUGCUUUAGUCUUUUAUUUCUCUUCUGAAUUACGCAAGGGUAUCGGGAGCAGAACAAGGUGGGGCCAUCUAGAGGAGCGAGGCGCAACCUGGUACCCUCCAGGUGUUGUGGGCGGGGGGCUGUGGCUCCCAUCAGCCCCCCAACUGGCGGGGCCAAGGGGUCAGUGAUGGUGCCAGGGUUCUGACUUCUACGGGCAAUUGUUGAGGGUCCGCGCCUCCCCCCACAAAGGGGCGUCCUGGACCUGCUCUUCCUCUGCCCCAUUGCAAACACCAUGAAUUGCAGGAUAUGUUGUGUGUGAAGUAGAUUUUCUUAAGGAAAACUUACUUUUCUUAAGAAAACCUACUGAUGGAUAGUCAGUGUGGUCUUAGUGGUCAGAGUGCGGGACUAGGACCUUGGGAGAUCAGGGUUCGAAUCCCCACUCAGCCAAGAAAUUUGCUGGGGGACCUUGGGCCAGCCAUGCGCUCUCCGUCUAACCUACCUCAUGGGUUUGUCACGAGGAUAAAACGGGGUAGAGACCUACGUACUCCACCUUGAGCUCCUUAGAGGAAAUAAAUGCAAUAAAAUAAACAGAAGUAAAUCAAUUGUCACAGAAUCCUCUUGGUGCCGGUGUUUGAAAUUCCCGAGGCACAUUUUGCGUCUGGUGUGGGUCCAGUUGUGACCACGUGGAGAUCUCUGGAUGCCUGGUUGUCGGUGCUGCAGCGGACAGACUAACAUGCUUACCGUUCUGGAAAAUGAUGGCAGCCAUGUUUUCUCUUCCCCCACUCGCCCAGCAUUCCACCUUGUCCCGGAAGUUUGUGGAAGUGAUGUCAGAGUACAACGCCACCCAGUCGGACUACCGGGAGCGCUGCAAGGGCAGGAUCCAAAGGCAGCUAGAAAUAAGUGAGUUGCUUCCAUGCUCCCCCUUCUCUUGAGAAUUGGUCCUGUUGUUCGCUCUCUCCUUACAGGGAAUCCACUGCUGCCAAAUGUUUCAUUCCCGUAUUUUCUGUGCUGUUCUUCUGACUAUUCAGGCCUUGUCUUUGUCUUUAGUGACACACACACAAGCAUUAUCUUAUUCACUGUGUAUGGGAAACGUCCUAUUUUUCAGGACUACUGUGCCUUUUAUUGGAGGCUUCCUGGCCAGCAUGGUGACAAUAUUGGUUAGUUCCUGUUUCUGGAAGUGAGGCUCAAAUUACUGAUUUCUUCUCAUUGUUUCUCCCAAUGCUUAGCAGAAAAAGUAGUAUUUCACUAUAAAAGAAAGAUAAUGAAACAACAACUUCAUUUAUUUAUUUUAUACACACCCACCCACCACUUGAUUAUUUAAAGAAACCUCAAAGUGGUUUACAUAAAGGUAAACCAAUAAACCCCUUCAUGGAUCACUGCCUUGCCAUGGCAGGAAGACAGAAGUGCCUGGCGUGCUCUGGUCCAUGGGGUCACGAAGAGUCGGACACGACUAAACGACUAAACAACAACAAACCAAUAAAAUGGAGAAAAAAUCACAACCAUACUAUUAUGAUGAUGAUGACUAUAAUUAAUAAUUAUUAUUAUUCAUUAUUUAUACCCCACCUAUCUGGCUGGGCGGCUCCCAACAGAAUAUUAAAACACAAUAAAACAUCAAACAUUAAAAACUUCCCUAAACAGGGCUGCCUUUCGAUGUCUUCGAAAAGUCAGAUAGUUGUUUAUUUCCUUGACAUCUGAUGGGAGGGCAUUCCAGAGGGCAGGCGCCACCACCAAGAAGGCCCUUGGAGCUGGAGCUCAGUGUCCGGGCUGAACGAUGGGGGUGAAGACGCUGCUUCAGGUAUACUGGGCCGAGGCCGUUUAAAACAUACAAAAGUUAAAAUAUUAAAACAGAUUAAAAUUACCUCUAAAUAUGUAGAUGCCAGGAAUUUUAGAGCCCCCAGCCACGGAACCAUAGCUGACCAAUUAAGGGGAAGUGUAUUUCAAUUUCAGUAAAGCUCUUGACAAAGCCCCCCAUGAUAUUCUUGUGUAAAAGCUGGUAAAAUGUGGGCUGGGGGGAGCAUGUAACUGUUAGGUAGAUUGCAGAGGGUUGUGCUAGAUGACACUUGUCCCUUCCAGCUCUAUGAUCUCCUGAUCAUCAGGCCGUGCUUGCUGUGACGGAUGGGAGCUAUGAUCCUCUGAUUUCCACAGGCAUCUGGUUGGCUACUGUUGGAAUUCCAUUCCUCCCGUGCUGCAGAUGUGUGGGAUUGUUACAUGUCACAUGUCUGUGUUUACAUUCCAGCACUGAUUGUUGGAGUCUUGCAAGCAGAAAGUGAGGUACGCUGUUUCUAUUCUGUACAGUCAUACCUCGGGUUACAGGUGCUUCAGGUUGCGUUUUUUUCAGGUUACGGACGCGCUGAAACCUGGAAGUACCGGAACGGGUUACUUCUGGGUUUUGGCGGUCGUGCAUGCGCAGAAGUGCUAAAUCGCACUAUGCGCAGAAGCGCCGAAUUGCAACCCUCGCAUAUGCAGACGCGCCACUGCGGGUUGCGAACUUGCAUCCCGCAUGGAUCACAUUCGCAACCCGAGCGUCCACUGUACAGCUAUUGCUUUUGCAAUAACAAGAAAGACAGAGAGAGGAGCCAUGUUUUCUUUGUUAUGUUACGUUUGAUUUUGUGUGUGUUAAAUUAGGCUUAGAUGUUACACCUCAAGACUCAGUCUGUUUGGGCUCUGCUAGUCAUGAGCUCAUGUCCUUGGAUAUGGGUCACAUCAGCGUGACGGGACACCGGAGUGAUGAAUUCCGGGCAAUGCUGUGUUGUGGGGGAGGCACCGGCCUCGGCGUUAUCACCCAACAUUUGGGAACAGGAUGCUGGACUAGAUGGGCCAUUGGUAGUUCAACUCCGUAUGGAGGGCACCACGCCCCUGUUGUAAGGAGAAAGCGUUGCAGGAGGAUUUUGGCUGACUAGGAUUGAAUGGGAUUAAACAUUUUAGGGAGAUCUUGGCUAUAAGAAAAGGGCGGUUUUAGGUAACACUGUGCUGUGUCUGGCACACCUUUUCAAAUUCUGCUUCUAAUUAAUUGGAAGGAACAAACACCACCUCGGCAACACUCAAAAGCUCAGCCAUUUGAACCACCCUCACCCCAGACACACCUUCCUGUCUGGAAACUUUCUUAGCAAAAACGAGAUCUGCACAGCAGUGUCUGGCCUAAUGAGCACAGCAACUCAUUUCUGGUAGAUCUUGCCCCCAUGAAGCAGUUGCUGAAACUGAAGGUCCCCACCUCCCCAAGUCCCCUCCUCUCCAGGCAAUCUGAGACUGCGCCUGCACGAAGCCAACUACUCCUCUUCCCUCUUCAUGCCUCUUCUGGUUCAGGGAGACAAGAGGGAAGGGGAGCUGGUCACAGCAGGAGGGGGAGACACCUGUGACUCUUCAUUGCCUAGUUAUCUCCCGCUUGGACUACUGCAAUGUGCUCUACAUGGGGUUACCUUUGAAGGUGACCCGGAAACUACAACUAAUCCAGAGUGCGGCAGCUAGACUGGUGACUGGGGCCGGCCGCCGAGACCACAUAACACCAGUCUUGAAAGACCUACAUUGGCUCCCAGUAGGUUUCCGAGCACAAUUCAAAGUGUUGUUGUUCACCUUUAAAGCCCUAAACGGCCUCGGCCCAGUAUACCUGAAGGAGCGUCUCCACCUGCAUUGUUCCACCCAGACACUGAGGUCCAGCACUGAGGGCCUUCUGGCUGUUCCCUCAUUGCGAGAAGCAAAGCUACAGGGAAGCAGGCAGAGGGCUUUCUCGGUAGUGGCGCCUGCCCUGUGGAGCGCCCUCCCAUCAGAUGUCAAAAGAGAUAAACAACUACCUGACAUUCAGAAGACAUCUGAAUGCAGCCCUGUUCAGGGAAGUUUUUAAUGUGUGACAUUUUAGUGUGUUUUUGGUCUUUGUUGGAAGCCACUCAGAGUGGCUGGGGAAACCCAGCCAGAUGGGCGGGGUACAAAUAAUAAAUUAUUGUUAUUAUUGCCUGACUCCUUUCUGCCACAGACUCUCCCUGCUCACUAAACCCUGUUACCUCUUCAGCUUCCGACACCUUCACUUCCCAGUCUUCUCCUCUGACCACUCAUUGUUGUCCCACCGACAGCCCCCUGGCUCUGAGCCUUCUCCUUUGGGGCUCCCCAGCUGGUUCCUCCCACCAUUCCUCUGCGUUCAACAGGUCUGCGACUCUUGCUUUCCUUCCUGCGGGUCAUGCCUUACCUGCUUGGCUUCUCAGGGCAUGCUGCAGCCGGCCCCUCUGCCUGGCCUUUGGGCUUUGUGGCCAGCAAGGCAUCCCUGGCGGCAGAUAAGUUGUUCAGUGCCUUGAGGCGACGUGCGCGCAUGUGGCUUUUUUCAGGCUGCCAGUGCGAAGGGGGUGGGCAUGUGAGGAGCUGGCGGGAACAGGUAAGGGGGUGGAGGUGAGACUGGGAGAGAUGAGAAUAGAAGGACUGAGUGGGAGAAGUUGGGAAUCAGAGGAGAGCCGGUUGCCAGGAGGGAGGGAAGGCGGGCAGCCGGCUAGAGGAGAUGGAGCCAAUCGGCAGCCUUAGCUGGAGAUGAGCUGAUGGGGGGGGGGAAUCUAGGGCAGAGCACAGGGAAGGGGCAGUCUGCAAUCUUCACUUUUACUUGCUGAGGGUAAAAGGAAGGUUGUGAAGAUGAGCAAAAGUGCCUUUUGAAGGCAGAUCCUGUAGGAACUAAGCAGAAACAUUGACUAAACCUCAAGGAUCGCCUCUCCCCAUAUAAACCAACCCGGACUCUGUGAUCAUAAUCGCAAGAGGCCCAAAGGGUGGCAACACGAGAACUGGCCUUUUCUGCAGUGGCUCCCUAUUUGUGGAAUGCUGUCCCCAGGGAUGUUCGGCUAGCACCUUCAUUAUACAUCGUUUGGCGCCAGGCUUUGGCUGAUCGAUAUAUUUUAAAAUGUGGGACCAGGGUUGGGCGGUAUUUUGUUCUAACUAUUUAUUUGUGAUUUUAUAUUGCAUUUUUAUAUCAUGAACCACCCUGAGAUCUUCUGAUGAAGGGCAGUAUAUAGACUUAAUGAUUAAAUAAAAUAUUAAGAAAGAGAACCAUGGCCUGUCCUCAAACCCAGUGGUGUCAUGGUAAAUUCAGGAGAGCAGGGUCCCUUCAUGAGAGCCACAGCCAUGUCCCUUCUAAGAUUAUAGGGCCUUCUAAGGUAACAAAAAUAAUAAGAAGUAAUGGGAUUGCAUUGCAACAAGCAGUGUGGAUCGCCAUAUGCUGCUUUUCAGCUAGCUACAAUUUUCUGCGCACGUCCCUGGGUGCAUGGAGGGCUCCAACACCUUCUUUUGGAGUGAUUUUAAGUUGUGUUAAGUUCCAUAACUUGCACCCCAUUCUCUUGAAACUGAAACAUCCUUAGUGUUUUCAGAGUUCCUAAAAAAUGCUUAGCUUUGGAGCAUAUGGAGCAAGUCCUCCUUGUUGCUCUUCCACGCGCCUUCUCCUGAGGGACCCUGGAAGCCCCUCCUAUAAAGCUGUCUCCCCUUCUUUCACUGCUUGCCAGCACAAAGGCUGAGAAGACUUAUUCUCAGUGCCUAGAAAGCUUCCCUUUUGUGCUGAUUGGGCAGCUCCAGGAUGCCAGAGUCUGGGACCCUGCAGAGUCUUUUUGCACACACAGACAUAUAUACAUACAUACACACACACACCAUGACCCCAGACCACUGCUCAAACCACAGCAUGUUGGAAAGAAAGGGAUGCAUUGACUUCUCUGUGCCCUUUGCAGCUGGCAGAACCACCACCAGUGAGGAGCUGGAGGAUAUGUUGGAGAGUGGGAACCCUGCCAUUUUCUCUUCUGGGGUAUGUGUGUCAUCGUCCGCCCCCGUCUCCGCCCGCCCCCCAGCUUUGUGAUCUUGCUAGUCUUAAGUCUCAGAUUUGGGGUACCAAUGAAGACUUUCUUUGUUCAGAUGGGGGUUGCUUUAGAAGUGCCACCUCUUUGACCUGGCAGCGGGCAGAUCUACACUCAUGGUUUUUAACGCUAAAGAAAAAGUUAAGGAAUGGUCCUGCGAACCAUACAGCCGCUAUUAAAAUGUGACACCAGAGGGCGCUGCAGAGCAACUAGCUAUCACAAACCAGGUGGUAGACUUUGUGGAAAAGAGGCGAAAGGAAACCAAAUGGGGUUUUUUUCUGUCUUGACUGAUGUUUUAGAACAAUAUUAGUGUUCUAAUAACAUUUAAAAGGUGAGCGUAGAUCCAGCUAGUCUGUGGGCAACUAUUUUGCCACAGUGGGGAGAACACCAAGGGCGUUUGCUGAGACCUCGGCCCUAAUUGCCAUCCGGUGCAACAGAGGCUGCUCUCUACCACUAGAGUUGCAGCCUUGCAAAACAAAACCGCAAACGUUUCUCAGGCAGAAGCUGCCAGCCCAGCCGCUGAGGCAAAGCCUUGUUAGUUUUUCUCUCUCCUGCUUUUCACAUGGCACUCAAGGCCGUCUAGGCAGGCCCAGGUCUCCUGCCCAGGUAUGGACUGCUCCCUAAUCUACUUCGUGUCAAUAAAAUUACUGCACCUUCAAACCAUGCUGACAGGCUGUGUUAACCAUCUGUGGCAUGGAAAAAAGAAAACAAUAAAGCCUGCUUAAACACCUAGAGUCAUUUCUCAACUUGCCCCCACAUCAAGUGAGUGUCAGUCCCUGAACCCUGUAAAUUUUAUUCAGCACCUGCCCCUCCCCCCGGACUUAUUCCUUGGACUUCUGCAGACAUAACACAAAUGCACUUCCAACCCUAAGUGCCUAGAACCAUAGAAACACAGAAUGGUAGAAUUGGAAGGGAACCUGAGGAUCAUGUAGUCCAGUGUUUCCCAAACUUGGGUCUCCUGCUGUUUUUGGACUACAACUCCCAUCAUCCCUAGCUAGCAAAACCAGUGGUCAGGGAUGAUGGGAACUGUAGUAGAAAAACAGCUGCAGACCCAAGUUUGGGAAACCCUGGUUUAGGCCAACACCCCCCCCCCUUUGCAAUGCAGAAAUAUGCAGCUGUCCCAUACAGGGAUCGAACCUGCAACCUUGGCACCAUCAGCACCACGCUCUAACCAACUGAGCUGUCCGUUCUGCCUAGGAACGCCAUUUCAUUUCCUUUUUCACGGAAGCCGCGAUUCUCAGGGAAGCGACUUCUGCGGUCUGGCAGGAUCGUGAGACUCUCUCCAUCCGAGUCAUGCAAGACCGGGCGAGGCAGGGGGGUGGUGGAGAGAAAGAUCUUGGAGAUCUGGAGCCUGGGGGUCCCCGAUCCCAAUGGCUGCUCACGCCCUGCCUUGUUAAUUAAUUUUAAUUAAUUUUUAUAAUGAAAUGUUUUUAGAAUGUUGGAUUAUUUGAUUGUUGUUAGCCGCCCUGAGCCCGGCUUCGGCUGGGGAGGGCGGGAUAUAAAUAAAAUUUAUUAUUAUUAUUAUUAUUAUUAUUAUUUCAUCCUCAGAUCAUCAUGGACUCCAACAUCACGAAGCAGGCGCUGAACGAGAUCGAGACUCGGCACAGCGAGAUCAUCAAGCUCGAAAACAGCAUCCGGGAGUUGCACGAUAUGUUCAUGGACAUGGCGAUGCUAGUGGAGAGCCAGGUAAGGGCUGAUCUGGGGGGCAGGAAGGAAGGGGUGGGAAACUGCAGAGUGGACCCCUGGGACUGGCAGGUCGAGGAACCAAUGGCUGGCCCCGAGGGCUGUGUCACCUUCAGGAGCCACCUGCCAGUCAUGGGCGGGGCCAGAGGCCAAAGUGGGCGGAGCAGAUUCCAGUUGCUGUGGAAACCCCAGGAGGGGAGAGUGAUGCUCUUGUGCUCGGAUCCUGCUUGCCAGUUCCCCACAGGCCACACUGAAAACAGGAUGCAGGACUGGAUGGGCCAUUGGCCUGAUCCAGCAGCCUCUUCCGAUGUGAAUUGAUUCACCCUGGCCUUGGGCACCUGGUAUCUGCGUGUUUCAGGACUUCUCAUCCUAUCCUUGUGAUGUGUUUUAACUGUUUUUAACUCUGAAUUUUACAUUGUUUGCACCCAUCCGGGGACCUGUUGGUGAAGGGAAAGAAAAGACCCCUGCGCCUGAAACCUGGGACAGCUGCUGUCUGUCAGUGUAGAUCAGGGUUUCCCAAACUUAUUUUUUAAAAACAAUUUUGGAUUGGUUUUUCAACAAAUACAAGAACCAUUAAACACUUAUCCAGCAGUACAGUGGCCCUUUGGUUCUCAAACUUAAUCCGUUCCGGAAGUCCGUUCCAAAACCAAAGCAUUCCAAAACCAAGUCGCGCUUUCCCAUCAAAAGUAACGCAAAAUGGAUUAAUCUGUUCCAGACUUUUAAAAACAACCCCUAAAGCAGCAAUUUAACAUGAAUUUUACUAUCUAACAAGACCAUUGAUCCAUAAAAUGAAAGCAAUAAGCAAUGUACUGCAGUCACACAAUCAAUCAGUAGCUGAACUGGGUUCCAGACAGUCACAAAAGCAAAACAAAAAGAGCCACAAAAACGCAAAAUAAAUAGCAAAAACAGACAGACCUCAGCAUAACACUUAAAAUGGAGCAUGUUUGGUUUCCGAAAAAAGUUCGCAAACCGGAACACUUACUUUCGGGUUUGCAGUGUUUGGGUUCCAAGUUGUUUGAGUACCAAGGCGUUUGAGAACCAAAGUACCACUGUAAAUCUAAUGGUAUUUGUUUUAUCCAUUGUCUCUUGGAAAUUGUUAGGCUGCAAGCAGCUGCCCCCCACGCUGCUCCCCCACCUAUCUCCCCUAGAUAUCUUUGGCAAAACACAUGGCAGAGGGUUGCAAAUUUCAUCUGCUCCCACCUCCCGGCUGCGAAAUGCAGCCAGUGAAUUGGAGCACAUCCGGUUGGGUGGGGGUUAAUGGGACCCCCAAUUGUUUCCAGGUGGGCCAAUUACUUUGGGUAUGUCGAAAUGGGUUUGUGUGAUCUUUUACAUAUGUUUGUGGGAGAGGGAGUUAUUUUGUUGUUGUUUUCGUUUUAACUAUUUACCUGUGUUUUUACCUUGUGUUUUUAUCCUGCGAACCACCCUGAGAUCUUGUGAUGAAGGGGGACGGAUAUAUACAUCAAAUGAAUAAAAAUAAAAUAAAAUCUGAGUUAGUGGGUAGGAUAUUCAUUUGGGCGAUUAAUUUAGAAUGAUCUUUUGUAGAUACCACAUAGGAUCAUAAAGCUGGAAGGAGCCCAAAGAGUCAUAUACCUGUAGUCCGACCCACUGCAAUAAAUGAAUUCUGAUGGGGGGGGCGGGAAUUGAAUAAAUUGGAGGGGGAUUUAUUUACUAAGUAGAUUUUUGUGGGGAUCUGGCUAUGGUGCAAAUCAGUUGAUGGCUUUGUUGGAUUGGUCGGAAGGGGAGUUGCUUCCCUUCCCUUCUGUGAUAUUUAAAAAUAAAUUAGCAUAUGUAAAUCAAGGUCCGUGGGCCCCAUCAAUAGCAGGCGCCUUGCAGUGCAGUACCUUGAAGAGGUUUCCUCUUUGAGGUGAGAACCAGGGUUUUCUGCAACUUUCGUCCUACUCAAGAGUAGACCCACUGAAUGGCAUGACUAAUGUAGGCCUGUUGAUUUCAGUGGGUCUUCUCUGAGCAGAGCUGAGCUGAUGACAACCCUCUAUUCCUGGAGCUCAGCGCCUGCCCCUCCUGACCCCUCUUUCUAUCCCCCCCAUGCUGCCGUGCACACCUGGAGAAGGGCACCCAGGCAUUGGCAGGUAAUGUCCCCUCCCCCCCAGCUCCCUGCGCUGAGGCUGCUGCAUGCCUGUGCUGUCCCUGCAUGCCUGGUGAUAUGUGUCCCCUAUGAUGCCAGUGGGAAGCGAGGACUAGAACAGGUGGACAAUCGGAACGAAACCGGAUCUUGGAAGACUCAGGAUAAAAGGAAGGACUUCUUCACACAGCGCUGAGUUAGACUGUGGAACUCCCUCCCGCAGGAGGCGGUGACGGCCGCCAACCUAGAUGGCUUUAAAAGAGGAUUAGAGAAAUUCGUGGAGGAAGAGAUGGAUGACUAUGAGCCAUGGAGGCAGUGAUGCUUCUGAAAACCACAGGAGGGGAGAGGGCUCUUGUGCUGGGGUCCUCCUUGUGGGUUUCCCAUUGGGGCAUCUGGCUAGCCACUGUGAGAGCAGGAUGCUGGACUCGAUGGGCCCCUUUGACCUGAUCCACCAGAGCUCUUCUUCAGUUAUUUCCUGCUCUGAGUAGGGCUAGGUGUGGGAUACAGCCCUCUGAAACCAGAGCCCUGCUUGACGUCUCUCAGUUUAUGUGCAUGUAGUGGAAGGCUCACUAUGCCUCUAGUCCCUGCUGCGGACCAAUUUGCUCUCCCCCCUCCAUGGGGAAACAGGAUCAUGGAGCUAGGGAAAGGGAGGUUCAGCCUCCUUCCUCAGCUGUGUCUUGGAGCAGCUUGGUCCGGGCAGCCUGUGCUCCCUUGGGAGGGCACCCGUUUCUGGUUUUGCCAGCCAAGGUGGGUCAAGAGGAGUAAGACCUGGGAAUGGGAUGUGCUGCAUCUGUGUUCCUUCCCGCAUGCAUUUGUGGUCCUUAUCGUUGCUGCCUUCCUGGUGUGCUGCUGGAACAUGUGUGGUCUUUGUAUCACUGACUUUGUGGAGCCUUUCCCUCCUGUCUCUUUGAAUGUUUUCUGUGCAAAACCGGACUCCCUGUUGCCUGUGAUUUAUUCUUUUUAUUUAUUGCAUUUGCAUCCUACCUUUUUUUUUUCCUCCAUGGAGCUCAAAGUGGCAGGACAUGCGUCUGCCCAUUUAUUCCCUGCGAGGUAGACUAGGCUAAGAGGCAGUCACUGGCCCAAGGUCACCCAGUCCUAGGUCCUAGUCCAACACUCUAACCACUAUACUGCACCGGUUCUCAAUUUAAUCCGUUUCCUCCUUCUUCUCUCCUUCUGACUCCCUACUGGCAGGUCUGGGACUGAACGCUUGGAAUGGGAAGUGGGAGAAUCUGCCCUCUAGCAAACCCCCAGUGAAGAUGUUUGUGAGCAGGCAGGAGGGAAAAGGGGAGCAGGUGGAGGCCCCUGCCAGUGGCUUUGUUAAAACAAGAGCAACGUAUGUGCGUCCUCCGCUGCGUAGGGCGAGAUGAUUGACCGCAUUGAAUACAACGUGGAGCACUCGGUGGACUACGUGGAGAGGGCCGUCUCGGACACCAAGAAAGCAGUCAAGUACCAGAGCAAAGCCAGGCGGGUAAGUUAGUGCCUUGCAGAUAAAGAAACAUUGCAGGCAGCAAAGGCCACCAAUAGGGUUGGGCGAUAUCUGCUUUUCCACAUUGCGGUGUAUCACCAGCCAAACAUCGCGGUCUGGUUCCAUAGAUGGUAUUUAACUCCAAGUAGGUUGGCUAAGAUUUAUAAAACAGAUUCAGAUACGUGGUGGAAGUGUGAAGAAGCAGAGGGAAUGUUUUUCCACACGUGGUGGACAUGUAAAAAGUUAAAAGUGUAUUGGGAAAUGAUUUAUAAUGAAUUGGAAAAAAAUGUUGAAAACACUUUCCCCCCAAAAAACCAGAAUCCUUUUUGUUGAGGAUAACUCAGACUUGUAAUUCCUAGGGUCAGGAAAGGUUAUUUAUGUAUGCAACAACUGCGGCCCGUGUUUUGUUAGCCCCCAAAUGGAAAUUGAGCGAGGUCCCAACUAAAGAGGACUGGCAACUUAAAUUGACAGAUUAUGCAGAACUUGUAGAUUUAACAUAUAGAAUAAGAGAGCAAGAAGAACAUUCAUUUAAAGACUAUUUAUUGAAUAUAUGGAAAAUAACUAUACAGCUGAAAAUGCUGGCAGCACUAAGACAAAUUCAACAGAGUAAGUAAUUUUUGACGGAUGUAAAAGUGGAAAAUUGUUUUGAACGGUUGUAGUAAAAUAUGCAGGGAGGUAUGAUACAAAAAAUGAACCGUGGAAGGAGAAGGAGGGAAGUCCCUGGAUAUUUUAAAGUUUGUUUAUUUUGAAAUGCAAAAUCGAAAACUUAAUAAAAAUUAUUUGGGGGAGGGGAGAGAGAAUUGGCCAAAUUGGCUAUCCACAGCUACUUGCCAGAAUGCCUCUGAUCUCCCUCCACAGUCGGAGGCAGCAAUGCUUCUGAAUGUGAGUUGCUGGAAACCACGGGACGGGGAGAGUUGUUGCUGCGCUCAGAUCCUGUUUGUGGGUUUCCCUUGGGGGGGCGUCUGGUUGGCCAUUGCGAGAACAGGAGGCUGGACUAGAUGGGCAAGUGGCCUGACCCAGCCUAGAGCUUGUCUGAUGUUGUCCUCCUCUCUUUGCAGAAGAAGAUCAUGAUCAUCAUUUGCUGCGUGGUGCUGGGCAUUGUGAUCGCCUCAACGGUUGGCGGGAUUUUCGGCUAGAAGCCCAGGACUCUUUUUUUGGAGGGGGGGCGCAGAGGUGGAGAGUGCCUGGGCCCAGCCAGCCAGCCGCAACGCCCAGACCCUGCAGCAGAAGCAGCAGCAGCAGCCACCACCGCAGGGGUGAACUGGCCCACCAGCACUGCUCCCGUCUCUUAUGCAUGAUUGUUCGUGUUAAUGCUGCGUGUCCAGUGCAGUGGGGUGGGGGGUGGGAGGAAGGCCACAGGCACAUGCAAAUUCCCCACCUGAUCUCCUCAGAGGGACACCCCCUCCCUUCGCUUCCACUGGCCAAUGACUCACCUCCUCUGUGUUUUCUUUCCAUCCCAGUGAGGUCCCUCUCUUUCUUCUCUGCCUUCAGAGGUGAGUUUGCCAACAAAGGUGUGCAAAAUUGGACCCUGCUCUCUCCCAGGGGAAGGGCCAAUAUUUUCCUCUUUCUCUUUCCAGCCCCUGCUCUCUCCAGCCACAGAAUGGGCAGGCUGGUCCCUUCUGACUCUGCUCUGAGCCACUUCUUUUUCCUGCCAGGUUCUUGCCCUACGCCAUCAAGGCCUGUCUACUUAUUUAAAACAGGAUGCGACCUUUUCACUUAAGGCAGCCGCGGGGUGGUGCGCAACUCUAGAUUUAAAUCAAAUGCAAUGUUUUUUAUUUUUGUAAAGGACACUUUUAGAAGCAGGCAGCAGCCACCUGUCAAUAGAAGCAGGCUCCGUCCCCAUUAUUUUUAGAUGUUCCCUCAAGGUUUUCAGGCCUAUGCUGAAUAGCGUCUUGGUUUUUUGGGGGGUGGAGGGGGUUGCAGUUUGCAGUCCAUGAAUCUUCCUGUCCAAAUGUGCUGUGGCUCUCUCUCUCUCUCAAGCCCUACACAGCAGCAAAGCUCGUGUUUUGAAUUUCCAGGUGUGAAACGGCGCCUCUUUCCAGAAUUUCCAAAAUGUUCCAAGUGGCACCGAUUCAACACUUCACAUGUGGGCAGCUUUACCCUCUCAGGGAAACCCUCCAUGGACUUAAGAUCUGUAACUGAGUUUCUCGAGCUGCUAAUCUCUGGCUUCCCCAAAUGUUGCUGGCCUCCCAACUCCCAUCAUCCCUGACCAUUCCUGCAUUGCAGGGAGUUGGAAGAGAUCACCCACUGGGGUCACUUUCGACUCUGCACUUCUGUGCCGGCUGCUAGGAGUCAACACCUGGAGGUCCACAGGUUCCCUGCCCUGUGCAAGACAGUGCCUAGCAUCUCUCUGCACGAGUCUGUGUGCACCUUGCCAGACCAGUUACUCCCUUUGCCAAAAGCACACACACCCGGUUGUGCCUGCUAGCAGUAGGUGAGGGUGGCAAGCUGCUCCCAGGGGUGACUGAGCAAAUAGCUCACCCUGUUGGAAAUGCAGACCCUGUGUUGAAUCCAUCUGUCCCUGUGCCAGGGGGACAGGAGAGAAUCUGUGGGCUGCACAUGGGUGGGAAACCAGAUGUUCCUGCCUUCCCAACUCAGAACCGCAGAACUAUAAGGCACCCAAAGGCUCAUCUAGGUCGACUCCCUGCAAUGCAGGACUCCCAUCAGCCCCAACCAGCAUGGCCGUAAUGGGAGUUGCAGCCCAUCAUCGAGAGAGCCAUGGCUGGCUCCCGUCCCUGCGACAAGGAGAGGGGUUUCUGCCCUCCCCCAGAGCCCAUUAAGGGUGGUGCCAGUUACAUAUGCAAUGCAGCAAGUGCCAACCCCCACCCCGGUCUUUUAACUCUGCUCUUCCAGCUGCUUCCCAGCACCAGCAGGUCUCUUGGAGAAAAGCAACACUGCCAUUGUCCGGAUCCAGAGCUCGCCCUCUCCUCCCUUAGCCAUCGGAGUGCAAUGAGACCUUUUUAACAAGGCGUUUGCUGCCUCCUGAGAGAAUGUGCUCUGCUCACAAGCUGAGUCCCUGGAACGAGCAGGAUGAGGCCUGCUCCGCUCCCGAGAGGACCUCAGCUGCACCUACUGCAGAACUACUCCAGGCUCUGACCUGCCAAGAGUCCCACAUGGCAGUUGCAUCAACAAAUGUGUGGUCCUUCUGUAGUCUGAGGUUGUCUCCCUCCCUCUCGCUGCAGGACCACAGACCUUCCUUCCCCCUGCAUCAGCUGGGGCAGGGGCCAAAGACCCUCUUUCUGAAGAGCACGUGCAAUUUACAUUUGUAGACUUUGCUCUCUGCCAUCCGCUUGCUUCUUCCCCACAUUUCCUGGCCCGAAAUCUUCUGCAAGCAGCCUGGCGUGGCAGCAUUUGGCCAUCUGCUGCUUUGCUCCUCCUCCAGACCUUCCCCGCUUUCCUUGCAUGUCGAAACCUGAGCCAUCUGUGAUGUGUCUGUGCUCUGGAAGCUGUUCUGCACUCCAGACAGCAAACCUGCCAGUUGUUGGGGUGUGUAUGUAUAUGUGUAUUUUGUUUUUUAAUUGAGAGCCCUGAAGUGCCACCACCAGUAUUCCGCCUCCUCACAGGGAAAGGACAUUUAUUGAUCCAUCUUUGCGGAGGCCUCCCCUGGAGUCUCGUAGCAUCGCUGUGUUGCUGUGUGAAGCCAAGUGUCCUUCUCUCUCUCUCUCUCUCUCUCUGCCCUCACAAGCUGCCUCGCUCUCCUGCCUUCGUGGAUGUGGAACUGUCCGUCCGUCUGUUGCCUUCUUCUGACGUUCUGGCCUGCUUAGUUUUCCCUUUACGCCACAACCCCCUCUAUAAAACUUCAGGUGGAAAAGCAGCUUCCUUUUCUGGAUGGGAUUUUAUGUAGAAUAAAGAAAAAGUGUUUAUAUCUGUGAAGAGUUUUCUGGCUCCUCUGUGUGUGUUUGGAGGGGGGGUGUUGUCCUCCUGUUGACUAUGCAGCCACCUCGUUUUAACACUCUGUCCCUCUCCAACAUACAGGAAGGCUAGCAACAUGCCUUGAUGCUUAGGAGUUAGGGAAGGUGAAGAGAUACAGAAGUUAUUCUCGAAAAUCCAACUCUUACCGUGCUCUGGCCCUUGAGCCCUUUCUGUGUGUGUUUUCCACACUUGUUUGUUUCUUAUGAAGACUAGGACCUUUAGCAUGGAGAGCUCAGCUUUUCUGGCAGCUGAGAGGCCUACAUGCACUCUAUGCACCCAGGCAGUGUGGUUUUCUCCAUGCGACUUUAAAUGUUUUAUGUGCCCAAAGGAGCGGGGCUGCUUCCAAAAAGUUUAUAGGGCAGAAGAAGGGGUUUGGACAAUAGUAAGAGAGCAGGAUAAAUGCACACAUAGGCCUGUGUUUCAGGGGCAGGGAACCUGUGGCCCUCUAGACCCUCUUGUGCCUACAUUUCCCAGCAUCCCUCUGUCCAUCAGCCAUGCCACUCAGGACUGAUGGAAGUGUUCCAGCAACACUUUGUGGCC